AUGGCAGUAUUAUUAUUAAACUUGGAUAAAUUAAAUCCAUAUUUGUUCGACUAUCAAGAUGUGGAAUUGAAGCUGGACGACUCACUCUUUUACAAUGUGUUUGGAUUGCCAAUCGAGGUGACCAGCCCCAAUCAACCAUUGAUGAUGUUCCUGGUCUACUUUGUAACACCAAUAGUCAUCUUCCAAAUAUUGUCACUUUAUGGAGUCGGGUGGCUGCUACAGAUGUUCCCGGGCGCGGCGCAACAGACCAAAAUCCUCCAGCAAAAAGGUCGUCUAUUCGAGUUGUACCAACGAGUGAUCAGAACAGUAUUCGCCGGUCCCAUUCUUUAUUAUAGUCUGACGGCAAUAUUCAACAAAGAAAGAAGUGGAAUCACAGAGUUACACUAUGUUUACAUUGCAACAAUGUUAUUCCACAUUGCCGACUUUGCUAUUCUGGUCAUCUACAAGAGUACCGCCAAAGAUAUGUACCUCCAUCACAUCGUAACAAUUGUAGGAUGUGUUCUUUGUAUUACUAUUAAGAAAGCCUUCAUUACAGGAGCAUUCAGUUUGACCUUUGAUGUACUUGUUCCAUUCAGUACUAUUAUCUCUUGGAGCAACAACUACAAUCAAAGAUUCACUCUACUUUACAUCAUUAGCUGUUUCUUCUCACUUGUUGGAUUGAUCGUUCACAGGAUUCCAACCAAUAUCUGGCUAUUGUAUACAGCAUUUGGACGAUUUGAAUUGGGACAGUAUAUAAUUGCCAAUCUAGCUUCUGCUUCUAUUUUGUCGCUAGAGUUGCAUUGGACCAAACUCAUUGCAAGGAACUUCUUCCAAUCCAUUGAUGGUUAUCGCUCGAUAAAGAAGAAC